AGAUCACGCUCUGUGUCUCCUUUCCGAGGCGUCCGUUUGGUAGGCAUUUGGUUAUCUACAGAGGAUUUCAGACUUUUGUUGUUGAGAUUUGUAAUCGAUCGGUUUCUCAAUGGCCGCACCUACCGGGAGAGCGAGAGCGGACUACGAUUACCUCAUAAAGCUCCUCCUCAUCGGCGACAGCGGUGUGGGCAAGAGUUGCCUACUCUUGCGUUUCUCUGAUGGUUCCUUCACCACAAGUUUUAUCACUACCAUAGGGAUUGACUUUAAAAUAAGAACCAUUGAGCUCGAUGGAAAGCGCAUCAAACUUCAAAUAUGGGAUACUGCUGGUCAAGAACGGUUCAGAACUAUCACUACCGCAUACUACCGUGGUGCCAUGGGUAUUUUGCUGGUUUAUGAUGUUACAGAUGAAUCGUCUUUUAACAAUAUUAGGAACUGGAUCCGAAAUAUUGAGCAACAUGCCUCCGACAACGUAAACAAAAUACUUGUAGGAAACAAAGCUGACAUGGAUGAAAGCAAAAGGGCUGUCCCUACAGCUAAAGGCCAAGCACUUGCCGAUGAGUAUGGUAUUAAGUUUUUCGAAACUAGUGCUAAAACAAAUCUUAAUGUCGAACAAGUUUUCACUUCAAUAGCAAUGGACAUAAAGCAAAGGCUUUCAGACACAGACUCAAAGGCGGAGCCUUCCACAAUCAAGAUCAACCAAUCUGAAUCAGGAUCUACCUCUGGCCAACCUGCACAACAAUCUGCUUGCUGUGGUUCAUAAGACGGCCAAGUUGAAUGAGAAGUAUCACCUGUUUUAACCGUGAUUAUAUAUACUCAUUGCCAUAAGAACAAUGAAUCAUCUGGAGAAGGACUAGCUCUGAUGACUAAUAUAUUGGGAGCUUUGUAUUUUCUUUAUAUUAGUUUGUUGAUUAGAAUCUUGUGUGGAAGAUAGACCUUUUGCUUAUUUGAGACUCAUUUCUGUUGUGCAUGUCCACACGGAUAAAUGAUUAUGCACAAUUGAUUGAUAGGGCACAGUUUGUAUUCUUAAAAUUCAACCAUGUUUAAGUGUUACUUGGCCACUACAGUUUAACAAGAAAUUUCCCUUACAUAAUCAUAUAUAGGCCACUGACAUGGCCUUUAACUCUUUAAGGGGCG